CUCAACCAUCGUGCCAUCCUACUAGAUUUUCAUUCGUCUGUCUGUUGCCUUGAAAGAGAACAUUGAGUGGCUACAGAGGCCUCGAGGAGCUCCCCGGAAGACAGUGGAAGCAGUUUGUACGCGACGACACCUACAGGCUACGCAUAUGCGAAGAGAACAUUCGCUCUUAGAGGAUGUCUGCAGCGGUGCCUCUCGCGCGUUUCAAAAGCUGUUACCUCCGUCCGAGGGUCGUGAACUUGAACCUCUCUCUGCCAGAUCAUUGCCCCUCGCGAUCCUCAGUCCAGCAAUACCUUUCCUCCUCCUCGCAUACCUUGCCAGAAGGGAAGACACACAUCUUCUCCGAUUACUCCUGCUGCCAAUCGCUGUGGCGAGCGCGCUGUACUCUACCUUUCAUUACAAGCUCGAAGAUGCCCAUUACCGGAGUUUCGAAUUCCUACGUUUCUUGGUUGGCUACUAUAUCAUAGGAAAGUCCCUCAACUUUGCACUCGUACGAGAUGGCAGGUUCAAGGCGGGAGAGAAGAGGCUCAAACAUGUCAAUGAGGCGGAUUCUACACGCUCACCCAAUCCUGGUGUCCUUCCGUCGUGCUUGAGGGACGCACUCGAGCUCGCAUGCACACUACGGGGCGUCGGCUGGGACUUCGGUCGUGACGUCUACAUACCUCCACGAACAAGAUCUACACAGCGCGGGUGUUUCCUCGCAGGCGCGACUAUCGCCAUUCUCAAGAACUUCCUAAUCGUGGAUCUAUGCGAGUCCCUUAUCAAACUCGUGCCUGGGGUGGGCUCCCUGGAAGGCGGUUCACUGUUCUUACCACACCUGCCUCUGCAUCUGCGUUAUUGCCUCUCGAUGGCCGUCCAUGUCCUGGGCGGCAUGAUGAUUAUCUUUGGUCUCGAGGCAGGGAACGACUUCGUCUCGCUGCUAGCCGUUGGCCUCUUCCGCGCCUCUCCGGAAUCUUGGUUUCCACUUUACGACAGUCCUUGGAGGUCCACGUCGCUGCACCAGUUCUGGGGCAAAGGCUGGCAUCAACUCCUUCGGCACAUGUUCCUCUCCUUCGGUGGCUAUCCUGGUGGUUGGCUCGCUGGCCAGGCUGGGAUGGUUCUCGGAACGUUUCUCGCAUCCGGGCUCUACCACGAACUUGCGUUUCAGCUGUCGGACCAUCGUGUGGUGCUCUUCUUCGUGCUUCAAGGAGUCGCCAUCUUACUGGAGAACGCGUACAAACGCUACACCGGGAGAAGAGUUGGAGGUAUUGCGGGUUGGUGCUGGACGGCGAUCUGGGUGGUCGUGUUGGGCCAGAUGUGCACGGAUGCUUGGGCUAUAGGUGGUCUGCCUGGGGCUAUCCUCGUUCCGAGAAAGCUCAGCAUCGUCAGAAGCCUGCUCUUUCCUGGCAUACGUCGCCUGGCACAGUGCAUGGUUUCUCGGUGA